AUGGUAAGACAAAAUUCUGUUGAAGGACAUGCGGUAACGGUUAGAAGGAGUAGGAGAAUCGCUGGAAGAAGAAGGAGUGAAAUUGCAGAGUCAUCCAAGAUGGGUGAAAGAAAUAAUCAAGAAAAUCAAGUCCAUCAUCCGAUUCAACGAGUGCUUGAACCUGAAGAGAAUCAAGUUCGUCAUCCGAUUCAACGAGCGCAUGUACAAGAUAACGUUAUUGACUAUGAUAGAGUGAGUGUUCAUACUUCGCAAACAGAUUCAACAGAAGAGGAUGAACAAAGGACUGGAGAGGGAGGACUCAUAAAAGGAACUGAUGAAGAUAUGACAAUCGAAGAACUUCGACAGAGCUUGGUUGCGGAAAGAAGGCGAGAGGACGAAGAACGUGCGAAUUUGAUGCGUCAGAAUAAUGAGUUAAGAGAACAUAAUAUAAGAUUACAGGAGCAGAGAUCGAGAAGUACGACUCGCUCAAGGUCAAGAUCAAGCAGGACUACAUCACGACGUAGUCAAUCUAAUCGAAGAGAUCUCAGACAAGAACCACCUUUGGGUAAUAUUUCAGAAAAUAUUCGAGAAGAUGAUGAUUUACAAUAUCGACGCAAUGAAUAUCGCAUAGAGCAACCCCCAAUAGAUGAUCGAUACGUGCUGCAUGGUGAAAAUCAACAAGGCGAGCGAUAUCAAGGUGAACAGAAUGAUCCAGAACAAGGAAGAAUGAUACUACAAGGUAGACAAAUGUUAAGAGACCAACGCGAACGCGAAGCUGAGGUUGAAAGGAAUGUGGUUGUACAGAAUCACGCACAGGAUGAGCGAGAAAUGCGCAGGAGAAGAAGACAAGAAAUUGAAGAACAAAAAUUGCAGGAUGUUGUGCGCGAAAACAACCAUGACAACCGAUUGAGAAGACGCGAGUUUAACCGCAUAUUUCCAAAUCAGAUUAUGGAAGGUGAGGAAGAACAGAGAAGAGCUAGGUUGCAAGAAAGAGAGAUGCUAAGGGAUCGACACGAUCAAGUAGAAGAGGAUGAAAGAGAAAUACGGAGACGCCGAAGAAGAAAGAGAGAUGCAGGAGGCUAUACGCCAAAAUAG